AAUGGGUUUCCAAGCACACUUUCUACUCACAUCAAGAGACUAUCACAAACAAUUUUACAUCUGCAUUAAAGCCAAGAUUUGACCUGUCCUUAGAUGUGUACCAACAGAAGAGGUAUCAGCAGCCACUCUAUGAGGGUUCAACCACUAGUGUAUUGGACGCAGUGACCAAGCACCUGUAUACCUUUUCUAUGAACCAUGGGACGUCCAAGACAGCACUUUCCGACACUCUUCAGUGUGAAAAGUCAUCCUUGCCACAACCAAAUUAUCUGCCUGGGACAUACAAGGAGGCAAAGACAUUUAUUUCUCCAUUCCUUAUCCCGCUGGAAAAAUAUGAUGCAUGUGUGAAUGACUGUAUUGUUUAUCGGGAUUCUGGAGCCCUUCUUUACUCAGAUCUAAGUGACUGUCCGGUAUGUAGUGAGCCCAGAAAGAGCAGGAAAAUCUUUACAUACAUGCCACUUGGACCAAGGCUAGCAAGAUGGUAUGGAACGCCCAACCUAUGCAGACUUCUGUAUGCAGAGAAACUUCAAGUAAGAAGAGAUGGCAUUCUCGGUGACUUCACAGAUGGUGAACUUUUCAAAUCAUGGUUCGAACCUGGAGAGAUCUUUGAAAAUAAGAAUCCAGAGUCAUGUGUGCCACUCUCGUUGUUUACGGAUGGUGUGAAUCCAAACAAGAACAGUGCUUGUCAAAAGUCCAUGUGGCCCAUCAUGUUGACAUGGAUUACUUUGCCCCCAUCAAUCCGACAAUUACUUGGACCAAUGCUCCUUAUGGGAAUUAUACCAAGUGGUGUAAAUGGCAGCGAACCAAAGUCAUUGGAUCCAUACCUAUCCAUCGUGGUAGAUGAACUUUUAACUCUAACAGAGUUCCCAGUGUAUGAUUCUUACCGCUCAGCUCCAACGACAGUUAAAGUGGCACUCCUGCAGUAUUUGUGUGACAUACCAGCCUAUUCCAACGUGAUGCAUUUGACCGGCCAUGCAAGUUUGAGAUCUUGUCCGUACUGUAGAGAAACAGGACAUUAUUGUAAGCACUUGAGGAAGACGAUUCACAUUUCAAACAGACAGUUUCUUCCCUUUGGUCAUCCUCUGAGGAGUACCAGUGGAUUUGCCAUAGAUGGACAAGAAGAAAGAAGCAAACCAAGUCCAUAUACUCAGGAGGAGGAGAACAGAAUGCGAACCCAGUAUGAAUUGAAACCAAACAAAACACAGAAAGCAAACCAACAGAAGUCAACAGGGUUGAAAGGAAAUUAUAUUCUACAGCAGCUUCCUUACCAUGACAGGAGGAGACAAAUGUCACCAGAUGGGAUGCAUACCUUGGCAGACUUUAUUAGUCAUCUGAUGGAAAUGCUAGUUGGUAAGCAGAAUACAGAAAAAGUUAUGUCCUGCGAAAAGAGUUUUGGUCGCUUUGAUGAAGUAUGGAAAAGUGCUGCCGGGGAGCAAGCAAGUAUUGAUCGCCCAAAAAAGAAGAAGAAAAGAAAUGUUGAAAGUGAACAGACAUUAGUUGAUUCAACACCAUGGUCACUCUCGAAGGAGCAGAUUAAAACUGCAGACGAAAGAGCUUCCUCCAUAGUGUACAGCCACUCACAUGAAAUUACCCCUGGGCCACAUUUUACCAAGCUAUGGACCUUAAGGACAAUGAAUGUUAAUUUGCAGUUUGUCACUUCUGGGGCUUUUGAAUGGUGCAUCAAAGAUCUUCUUCCUAUUACUCAAGAAAGAACUCUGGAACACAUCUGCGGUGUUAUAAGAAGAAUUGUGUCGCCCAAGUUGACCGUUCUGGACAUUGCCCAGCUCCAGGCAGACACACAUGAAGCGCUAUCACUUCUAGAGAGAGAUUUUCCUUUGGCAAUUCAGAACCUUACUACUCAUCUCAUUCACCACAUUGUGGAUGAUUUGGCAAACUACUGACCCAUGUAUGGUCGAUGGUUGUUUCCUUAUGAAAGGGCUAAUGGAUGGGUGACAAGACAGUGUCUAAGGAAGGGAAUGGAGGAAUCCACAGUCAUGGAAACAUAUGUGAUCUACGACUGGUGUGUAUAUAUGAUACUGAGUGGAAGGUUCAACCCUGGCGACCUGUCCAUCAAUGAAAAGACCCUUGUAAAAACUAGUCAGCAGAUCAUGGAACAGAUGAGAGAUGGAUUCAGUGUUUCUUCUCAAGAAAACCACACAAAGAAGAAUACCACAUCCCAAAUUACACCAGAAAUGAGACAGUUCAUGAUGAACUUUUAUCUUCUAAACCUCAAGUUGAGCACAGUGCAGUUUUCAUCCGAAGUGACGGAGAACUAUUCAACACUGGACAUUACAGAUGAUUGUGGCCGACAGAUCCGCUAUAUUGGAACCAGAUUCAAGGGACGCAGAGAACCGUCAAUCGUCAAACUUCCUGGAAGUGGUGGACUUCUUUUUGAACGAAUAUGUUUUUUUCUUGAACAUGUAUUGUGUGGAGCAGUCCAAAACUGGGUUAUCGUAGAUGUGUAUCCAAUUGCUGAAAAAGUUGGAAAGUAUUUCCUCUUCCAGGAAAAUGUACUAGGACAGCAGCUUUUCCAUGUAAGUGUCAUCAGCAGACCUCUUGUUCAUGUGAAAGACAGUGCGCAGUACAGUUAA